UGCAAGGUGUGUGGUGACAAAAGUUCAGGCAAACAUUACGGCAUAUACAGUUGUGAUGGAUGCUCUGGAUUCUUCAAGCGAAGUGUGCACAAGAAUCGAACAUACACGUGCAAGGCCCAAGGAGCUCUGAAGGGCAACUGUCGCGUGGAUAGGACGCACAGGAACCAAUGCAGAGCCUGCAGGUUGAAGAAAUGUCUGCUGGUCAACAUGAACAAAGAUGGUUCGUUGUGCUAA